AUGCGCGAGGGUGUUGCGCAGUCCCGCACAUCUCUUCUUUCCCCCCCCCCCCCCCCCACCAUCUCCUUCCUCUUCCCUCCUUCAACCUCUAACCACCCUCCGCCGCUAACAGCGGCCGCCGUCGCCACCAUCCAACCUUCGUCCGUCAUCUCUCUCUCACUGCCAACCUUUCAUUCUCUCGCUCUGCUCACCUCUACCCGAACGCUACCUCCGCUUCCAGAUUCUCUGGCCUCCGAUGAGCAGGAUCAUCAGGAGGAGGAUGUUGAUGAGCCGACUCAGCAGGAUGCACCUCCAGCUGCUCCUGACGCCACAGAGAUUCAGCACCCCCAUGAGGAGCCGAUCCCACAGCCUCAGCCAGAGUCAGCACCUACCGUUGUACCUUCCCCUGAUCCUCCGGUUUAG